UAUUAGGGACGCCAGUUGAUUAGGACUACCGUUCCGCGCAUGGUACCGCGUAUUUUGACAGCAGCCGCGGUUUGCCGUGCCACGUUGCCGUGCGAUGCGAGGUGUUACUCAAGUAGGCUUCAAAAUUCGAUCUUUCUGGGAAAUUCGAGAAACAACAAUUUAGCAGUAAGCGCAAAGUCGAUUUAAUUUAGACGUUCCAGUAGCUGUCGGGAAACCACUGAAACUUAACGUCUCCCGAUGUUCUUUCAAGGUGUGGUGCAGUCGUAGUGCACUUUGGCCGUGUGGCUAGCUUGCUUUAUUUGGUCCCUUGUGACACCGUGAGAAGGAUCGACACGUGCGUCAAGCCGCUCGGCAAAACGCCACGACACGCAGACUGUCAGCCGGGCCCUGCCAGCGCUGUCGUCGACGAGUGUGGAAGUUAUGGGAUCGCAGCAUAGCUGCGCCUGCUGUGAGGGAAUGUCCACGACCGAAGGAGGUGAGACAGUCGCGGGCCUUGCGUCGGAAGGCACAGCCGCUGGCGGUCACGAGAGCAUCAAGCCUUCCUUCGAACAGAUCGUGGCCCGCCUGACAAAGCGCGGUCUGGACUUCGACCGCGCCUGUCAGUACGACGAAUUCAACGCCGAUUGCUGGCUGUGCCACGACCUCGACCGAUGGAGCAAGGUCUUGCACUUGGUGCACUUGGAACUGGUCGAAACCGAACCGGCCAGGGUGGCCAUCCGAUCGACGCAGACAGUUCGCCGUCAGCUCGGCGACGACGAACUUUACAACGCCGCUUGCGUCUUCUGCUGGCUGCUGAAGGCGCAUCGGUGCGUUCAGCGCAUCAUGAUGGAAUACCCGGGGCCGUUCAUCGAUGGAUCAAGCUACCCCUACGAGUGGGCCAAUAUGGAAGACCACACGAUGACCUCCUUCUGCGGACAAGCCUCCAUCCUCGCGUUCGCGCUAGGCCGGAGCGUCAACAUCCAGCAUUUGAAGCUUCGCGGUGUCUACCGAACGCGCGUCUGCGAUGAAGAGCUUUCCAAAGAGCUGGCUGGCCUUGGGCAUCUCAAGAGCUUAGAAUUAUACCAUUUCCCUAUCAAUGCAUCAAUGUCGAGAUCCGUAGCAAAUUUGCUACGACUAAACGCGAGCCACCUCACUGCGGUUUCCUUCUCCGGUAAUGACAUGCCGCAGGAGUCCGUCAAGUGCCUCUUGCGAGCGCUGCAGUGUUGUCGAUUCCUCGGCGAGCUGUCUGUCGUCGCGAACGAUAUUUCACGGAAAAGCGUGAACUCUAUCGCGAGGCUACUGCGCGUCGCGAAGUCCUUGACCAAACUGACGCUCGACCAGAGUCUGGAACACAACGUCAACCUAUUCCCCUUAGCAGAAGCACUCAAGGCCAACACGUCCCUACUGGAGCUUCACAUUGGUCAGUGCUUCACGUGCUUCGCGCCCCUUUUUGAAGCGAUAAUCGCGAACGAGAACUUGAAGCACUUGGACCUGAACGGUUGCAACAUCAACGGCAGUAAUGCAGAGUCACUCGCGACAGCAUUGCGUAGCAACGUAGGGCUGAGAAAGGUGGUAUUGAAGCAGGCUCGUGUCGACGGCGACUCAAUGGUGACACUGGCUGAUGGGCUGGAAACGAACUGUGCUCUCGAAUUGAUGGAUCUGAGGGAUAACACUGCUACUGUACGUGCCAUCAACACGUUCUCCAGAAUGCUGCGAAAUAACAAGACGCUAAAGAGUGUGCUGUUUUCUGAAGUUCAAGCUACACAACUGGAAAGGUCAACUCUCUCCGUUGAAAUGGCCCAAGCCGAAGGCUACAGCCGUAUCCAGAUACCUUGGGCCGAGCCCGACCUUCCUCCGCUGUCUGCAGUUGUGGCACUUGGGUCAGAGUCCCUCACAGAACUCCACCUAAGCUAUGCCCACAGGCUCACCGAAAUGAGCAUUUGUGCGCUGCUUCAAAAUCUCGCCACAAAUGAAUACGUGCGAACUUUAACAGUCGAUUUAGGAGGUCGCAAACAAGUCGCUGUUGCGUUGUGCUGUGUGCUCGCCUUGAACCAAACUAUCCAGAAUCUUAAGAUUAGGAAUUCUUCCUAUUCAGCCCAUGGGCUGCUUGGCAUGGUCGCCAAAGCGCUCGCGACAAAUAACACUGUGAGUAAAAUAUAUUUGGAAAGCUAUAAAGUAUCCUUGAGGUCGCUCAAGUCGAUUGCUUUUAUGCUGACAAAGAACACCGCAAUCACCAACCUGAAGUUGGACACUGGGGGCUCCAUGCGCACCAAACGCCUUGCCAUUCUGUCGCGCGCCCUGGUGGAAAACCAGUCUAUCGUGGAUUUGACACUGACCACCGUGCCAAAUAGAAACCAUGUGUCUUCCCGUAUGUUCACCUCCAUUCGACGAAACACCAGUCUUCUGAACAUGGCUGUGAGAUUUCUCACACACCAGAGGCUAGAUAGGCAGGCUGCCCUGGCAUUCGAAGCCCUCAGUGAAAAGGCGUCGCUUGUUACACACGUAAUGAAAGUGACCGAACAGACUGAGGCCGAGGCAAAAAAGGCUGUGCUGUCGGCAAAGCGUUACAUUCAGUCAAACUACUUUCAGCUAGCGGGCAUUGUGAGAGAAAGGGUUGUUUUCCACCUUGGCAUGGGACAAGAGAUUCACACCUUGAAUUACGAGUGCCUCUGUGCCAUAGCACGAUAUCUCAAGCUGUCAGAUGUCGUCUCUGUAGACUGCAGCAACCCUAAUCGACAGCCGUAAUAUAUUUGGGUAAAUCUGGUGGAGCCUCAUGUUUACGUAGGUAUUUUUCGACAGAGGCACAUUUGUGCAUUGUCAACUAUGUUAUAAUUUAUUAUCGCUCAUUAUUAGCAACAAUAAGGUGAUGUUUGGCGAAAUUGGUCGUUUCUGAAUUUCAUGCCCAA